UUUCAGUUAAGGGGUCCUUGGCUUAAAAAACGUUGAAGACCCCUGCUUUAAACUGUAGCCUAUGUAUUUCUUAUGUGUUUUAUAUGCCCUCCUUCCCUUUCCAUAUGUGGCUUUGCCACUUUUCAAUUUAAAUAUGGGGGCAGUAACCAUCUGGUAGGUGUGGUGAAGAUAUAAAAGCCAGGCAGGUUGGGUUAUCUUUGUACAGGUCUGCCCUGAUCAGCUGUAUAAACAACGUAAUAGAACAUUAUUCGUGGGACUGUCCUAACAUCGGUUAGACGCAGAUACAAUGUCUGACAGCUCUGAAACUUCACAGAAGACAUUGAAGAUGGACCUCAAGGUGUUUAAUGAUCCCAUCCACGGGACGGUGGAGUUACACCCACUUCUCAUCAAAAUCAUCGACACACCUCAGUUCCAGAGACUGAGAAACAUCAAGCAGCUUGGAGGGGCCUACUUUGUUUACCCUGGAGCAUCCCACAACCGCUUUGAACACUCCAUUGGGGUGGGGCACUUGGCAGGUCAACUUGUUGAAGCUCUGCGUACAAGGCAGCCGGAACUCGACAUCAAUGACAGAGACGUCCUUUGUGUGAAGAUUGCUGGUCUCUGCCAUGACCUGGGACAUGGACCCUUUUCCCAUCUCUAUGAUCAAAUGUUCAUACCCAAAGUACCACAUCCACCAGGUCCACUAGGUGAUAAAAUGGCAAAGUGGAAGCAUGAAGAAGCCUCUGUAGAGAUGUUUGACCAUCUGGUGGAAUCUAAUAAUCUGGAGAUGAAGGACCAUGGUCUGAUUCUGCCCGAGGACAUGGAUUUCAUCAAAAAGUUGAUUGAAGGACUGAAGGACCCUAAAGCAGUCCAGUGGCCAUAUUGUGGUCGGCCAAAGGAAAAAUCCUUCCUCUUUGAAAUCGUGGCCAACAAAACCAACGGCAUUGAUGUGGACAAGUUUGACUACUUUGCCAGGGACUGCUACCACCUGGGCAUGCAGAACAACUUUGACCAUCUCCGCUUCAUACAGUUUGCCAGAGUGAUUAAAGUGAAAAAAGACGAGCUGAAUCACAUCUGCUGUAGAGACAAGGAGGUGGGCAAUCUGUAUGACAUGUUCUACACCAGGAACUGUCUCCACAGAAGAGCCUACCAGCACAAAGUGAACACGAUCAUGCAGUAUAUGAUCGCAGAGGCCUUUUUAGAAGCAGACAAGCAUAUCGAGAUUGAAGGCUCAGGAGGGAAGGAGUUCACUCUCUCCCCAGCCAUAGGUGACACGGAGGCCUACACCAAGCUGACAGAUCAUGUGUUUGAACAAAUACUCAACUCUCCCUCUGUGGAGCUGGCUGAAGCAAAGAAGAUUCUAGAAAGGGUCAUCAACUCUCCCUCUGUGGAGCUGGCUGAGGCAAAGAAGAUUCUAAAAAGGGUCAUCUCUCGAGACCACUACAGGUUUCUGGGUGAAACCAAGCCUAGACAAGUCCUGACCAGGGAGAAGAUUCUCGGUUGGAAAGAGGAAUUGGAUCAAGCCAUAGAGAAUGUUUGUCCUGUAGAUCAUACAAGACUCAACCCUUGCUCUAGGGAGAUGGCUGAGGCAUGUCAGAUUAUAUCUGAUGUCAUCUCUGGAACCCUCGACAGCUUCCGACAGCCACAGCAACCCACAGAGGAGAGGAAACGUCGUUGGGAAAGGGAAUUGGCUGCAGCCGUCCCUGAGGGAGGCGAUGGGGGUGUUACACUGACAGCACAGGACUUUGUAGUUUUAUUCGUUACUUUUGACUAUGGAAUGAAUGACCAGGACCCCAUCAAGAAUGUGUAUUUCUACAGCAAGAGAAACCCUAACACAGCAUUCAACAUCCCCAGAGACCAGGUGUCCAAGCUUCUCCCAGCAUGCUUUUCUGAGCAGCUGAUCAGGGUUUACAGUAGAAAGACUGAUGAGCCAAGUGUGGAGGCUGCCAGGAGGCACUUGGUCAAGUGGUGUAAAGCUAAGGGCUUGCCAAACCCUCAGUAUGGAGACACUGCAACACCAUACAUCAUCCCUGGGGGAAAUAUCCAGAACAAUCCACCAGACGUAAUGGAAAAUAGAGAUUAAAAGUGAAAAAGAAAUCAAACACUCCCUGAUUAUUAUUGUUUCAUAAUG